CCAGUAUAUAUAUAUAUUUUUUUAAAGACCGUGUGUGUAAGUUGUUUGAAUAUUGUUAGCAAUACAAUACUGAGCUGCAUCCAGUCCUCUUCCUUUUUCCUCUCCUAACUUUGUUUUAAUCUUACUAUAUUUCCAUAUUGCUGAGCAUUUGCUUUUUUCUCCUCUGCAGUCAUAGUAGUGUGUAGUUGACUAAACAACAACAAAAAAACAAGAAUAAGUAGGCAUAAAAGAUCCACUAUCUAAGCUUUUGUGUUGUUAUCUCCCUAUAAAUUAACAGCUCCUAUCACUUGUUCAUAUUGUGCCUUUCUUUUUACACAUUUCUUCUCUUACCUCUCUAAUAUCAGGCGAAAUCCCUGCAUUAGUCACCUUAAAGUUUCUCCUAUUUGUCAAAACUUAACCAGACUAGUAAAUUCCUCUGUUUGAUAUCCCCUGAAAUUCAGUUCUUACACCAUGUCGACUAGUGUUUGCCAAGGGAUACAAGCACAGUUUGAUCCGUGGUUCGUCCAACCGCGAAUCAUUGGCUUGAAGUCAGCUCUGCAGACAUCCAAGGUUUUUAUGUCCCCGAAAAGAUUUCCUGGGCCUCCCAUGCCUGAAAACUCCAACUUACUACUGCAGGACUUACAUACCCAACAGCAAAAUACUCACAAUGACAAGAUGACUUCAAAUAAUGGCGAUUAUUUGGGUGGGUGGAGUUUCUUGCAAGCUCUUUCCAACACAACUCGAAGUUCAGAAAAUGAGAAUGAGAAUGAGAAAGUAUAUGUUCACCCUCUUGUUAAAAAGCCAAGUUCAAUAUUGAGUGAGAAAAGCUUACAGAUGUGUACUGAAAGCCUUGGCAGUGAGACUGGGAGCACUGUCAGUGAAAGUGGAGAUGAACUAACAUCCUCAUCCUCGCUAAUGGAGAUUGAAAAAUCUCGAAGAAUUCCUACAUUUAGUAUGAUCAAAGAUAGGUCGACGAUCACUAGUAGCUUCCCACCACCAAUAACCACAAUUAGGGGUGGUUCUUCAGGUCGAGUUAAGGUUAAAUCUCAAAGGGAAGAUGGGAGAUUACUAAUAAAAGCUGUUGGUGUUGGAACUGCCCAAAGUUGUUUCAAGGCUGAAAGAAAGGGUGGAAGGCUUACGCUUCGCUUCCUUGACAACUCUAAGGAGGGUGAUCAGAAUGAUUUGUAUGAUGGAUUUAACCAAAAUUUGGUCCAAGGAGAUGAGUCCUAUGAUGUUAAUGAAAACGACGAGGAUGAUACAAGUGGGGAUGUUGGAGAUGAAGUUGAAGUGAGUAAUUUGAGUAGGCCAAGCAGUUGCAAAGAAGAAUGUGCAAGUAGGAGCUGCAAAGGGAUGCUAAAUUGGGAGACAUUUUGCGUUGCUACUUCAUAGUUUCAAGUUUCAAGCUUUGUGCAUUUUACUAACACCUUAUUGUUUGUCAUCUAUCUGCACCAAGUAGAGAAAGAAACAAAACAAAAAAAGAUCAUCCACUAAGCUGAAUGUAUAACAAGAGAGCCAAUUUGACCAUCUCUUGUUAGUAACUAGGACUCCAUCUUAUGUUUGUAGAUUCAAAAUUUAUUAAUAUCAUGAUUACAUUAAAAACUUGUGCUAAACUUGUGAUAAUUUGUUAGUUUCUUGUAUAUUUCACGUGUCACUUUUAGUUCUUU